AUGCUUUCUGCAACUGUAAUUUAUCCAUCUAUCUAUCUCCGUCUAUUCAUAUAUAUUUUGCAUGCUAGUCUAAUCAUAUCUAUCUACCUUAAUUUGUUCAUAUCUAUAUAUCUCAGUCUGUUUAUAUCUAUCUAUCUAUCUAUCUAUCUAUCUAUCUAUCCCUGUUCAUAUCUAUCUAUCUCACAUUCAAUUUUGUUAACUUUUCAUCUUUCUUUCAUUUUUUGUUUUAUAUAUUCCUUUCUUUAUUUUUGUAAAUCUUUUUUUAUUUAUUUUUUCCUUCUUCAUAUCUAUCAUUCAUUUCAUUCUUUCUACUCUGAUAUCAUUUUCACUCUUUUUUAUUUUAUCUUUCUUUCUAUUUCCCUAAACCAUUCUUUAUUUCUUUUUCUCUUUCUAAUUAUUUACUUUUUCUCUCUUUCUAUUUCUCCACUCUUUCUUUUUUCUUACUUUCAUGCUUCAUUUUUUUCUUUUUUCUUUUUCUUACUUUCAAUUUCCCUACUCAUUCUUUAUUUUCUUUCUUUCUAUUUUGCCACUCAUUCUUUAUGUUUAUUUCUUUUUCUAUUCCUUUACUCUUCCUUUCUUUCUCUAAAAUGCUAA